AAGAAAUGGCAGUUACUAGAGAGAAAGAAAACUGUUCAAGAAAAAUUAAUGGAAAUAUACCUGCCUUAUCUAUCAAUAGUGAUAAUAUGUCGACAUCUACCGAUAGUGACGACCUAGCAGAUCCCACAUAUGAAAUUAGGAAUAUUCAAAGUAUUAUCAACGUGACUCGUGAAAACAUUGACGCUUUAAAUGCAAAAUUUGCUGGUUUCCAGCAUCCGCCGUCAUUAUAUUUAUCGGAAUAUCAGGAAUUAACGUCGAAGCUUCACGACUUAGAACUUAGGGAACGGACAUUGCGUGAACUGUUACAGACUGAUUCGCCGGAUAGAAGUGAAGAUUGUUCUUUACAGGAUGACUCGAAGAAGUACGACACUCUCACGAGGCAGCCCAAGGUAUUCCUUAGGGCGCAUCUGCCUAACCAGCAGCGCACCAGUGUGCAAGUUAAAGAAGGGGUGACGUUAAGGGACGCGCUUUCAAAAGCCCUGAAACUACGAAAUUUGACUUGUGAAAUGUGUGAAGUGGUUAGGACAGGCAAUAAUCAAGUGAUACCUUGGGAUGUGGAUAUAACUAUGAUUGACGCCGAAGAGGUGACGGUGCGGACUUUGGACAAGCUGCCCAUAAUGUCACACAUUUCGCACCAGUUCACGCGCAAGACCUUUUUCACGUUGGCGUUCUGCGAGUGCUGCCGCCGGCUACUGUUCAACGGCUUCUACUGCUCGCAGUGCAAUUUUAAGUUCCACCAGCGCUGCGCGGACAAAGUGCCCAGCAUUUGCCACCAGGUGCGAAUGACGGAUACGUACUACGCGGCGCUGCUGGCUCAGAACCCGGAGACCCAGGCGGGUAUAUUGCACUUCCCGCCGCACUUCGGCUACCACCAUAUGAUACACAGGGGCGACCAGAGCAAGCAGCAACACCCGCGCUCGCUCAACCAGCAAGACCGAUCCAACUCGGCGCCAAAUGUCUGCAUCAAUAUGGUGCAGCGACCCAUGACGCUGGCCGAGCACCAAAGGAAAUAUAAUCAGAAUACCAAUUCACCAGUAUCAACGAACUACUUGUCCUCCCGCGCGGCGCGAGGCACGCGCGGCGAGGCACAGAGUCACAGCACGCAGGCCUCGCCCACCGGCACCUUGAGGCCGAGGCGGGCCCGCGCGAGAUCUGCAGACGAGUCCUGGAAGAACGCCCUAUCACCGCGAGAAAGCUACGAUGAUUGGGUCAUACACGCGGACGAGAUACUCAUCGGGCCCAGGAUAGGUUCCGGCAGUUUCGGGACGGUGUACAAGGCGCACUGGCAUGGGCCCGUGGCGGUGAAGACGCUCAACGUGAAGACUCCCACGCCCGCGCAGCUGCAGGCAUUCAAGAAUGAGGUGGCAGUACUACGUAAGACGAGGCAUAGCAACAUUCUGUUGUUCAUGGGCUGCGUGUCGAAGCCGUCGUUGGCGAUAGUGACGCAGUGGUGCGAAGGCUCCUCCUUGUACCAACAUCUGCACGUUUUAGAGACACCAUUCCCAAUGCUGUACCCCAUUGACGUCGCGCGGCAGACUGCGCAAGGCAUGGACUAUUUGCACGCCAAGAAUAUUAUACACAGGGACCUAAAGUCGAAUAAUAUUUUCCUGAGAGACGACUGGUCUGUCAAAAUAGGAGAUUUUGGACUGGCGACCGCCAAAGUACGGUGGUCAGACACAUCGGGCGCGGGCGGCGUGCAAUGGCAGCAGCCGACCGGCUCCAUACUGUGGAUGGCGCCCGAAGUGAUCCGCAUGGAGGAGCCUGCGCCCUACACUUUCCGCUCCGACGUCUACGCGUACGGCGUCGUGCUCUAUGAACUGUUGGCCGGGGAAUUACCUUACGCGCACCUCAACAACAAGGACCAGAUCCUAUGGAUGGUGGGUCGAGGCUUGCUUCGGCCAGACGCGAGGCGAGUACGAGCCGACACCCCGCAGGCGCUCAAGCGGCUCUUACUCGACUGCGUGCACUUCGACCGCGACCAGCGACCGCUGUUCCGGCAGAUCCUCGCCUCGCUCGAGGCCAUGCUGCGCGCCAUGCCCAAGAUCACCAGGUCGGCGUCAGAACCAAAUGUGAACCGUCAGUUGCACGCGUCGGACGAUUAUCUCAGCUACAGCUGCGCCUCCCCUAAGACGCCAGUCAACUUCCAGUUCAACGCCGACACCAGCUUCCCCGCCUUCUACGGAAUCCCGGUACCGAACCAGAGGCACCCGUAGGGUUUGCUGUAGGACUACGACUAGUCCGCCGCGUCGCCUUCUCGUCCCGACCUCGUCGCCUUCUCGACCCGACCUCGUCCCGACCUCGUCGCCUUCUCGACCCGACCUCGUCCCGACCGCGUCGCCUUCUCGACCCGACCUCGUCCCGACGGCGUCACCUUCUCGUCCCGACCGCGUCACC